AUGUCGUUUAACGAGACGUUUGAUAGUGAUAGCUUUAACAAGACGAAUGGUGACACCUUUGAGCCAAUUUCAGAGACGAAAUCCGUGUCCUUUUAUACACCUAUGGUGUACGUUUCGAUCUUACUGAUCUCACUGGUAAUAUUUGCAUCGCGGUACAGAAGAAAAACGAUAAAAGAGCUAAGUGAACUUCCGUCUAUGUUUGAUGAAUCCGUAGCCAGGGACUUGUAUUUUGAGAUUCAAGGACUUGCUGAGACUGGGGAAUCUAAGGUUCACGAGAAAGUCGUGAAAGCUGCGCUUUUGAACAGAGGUGCAGAGGCUAUUAGAAGAACUUUGAAACUUAAAGAAAGCGAGCCCCAAAUCACUGUUCUUUACAAAAACGGGUCUGUUGGUGAAGAAUAUUGGAAACGGUAUCAGAACGAAGUGAAACUCACGGAAUUAGAAUUCAAAGAAUGUAUUCAAGAAGCAGAAAAAUUACAACCUGGGUGGGCUCAGCUUUUCGUAGCGAUCUCCAAGGAAAUCUGCUUCAACCAGGCGAUGGCAAGACGAUACGAAUCGAUUUUGACUCGUAAAGAGGUCAAUAUCAAUCAAUGGGCGUUAAAGUUAGACGACAACGGUAAGUUGGUAGACUAG